AUGGGUGACGCUCCAGCAGAAGGUGCGCCUCCUCCUCCUCCGCCUGCUCCAGAGGGUGGGGGAGCACCACCACCGGAGGGCGGAGCACCACCGGCGGAGGGUGGAGCACCAGCGCCAGCUCCUGGCCCGCCAACACUGAAUAUCGAUCCACCGGCCGCUAAUGUACCAGCAGCGGGUGGACAGUCGGUGCAUCAACUGACCAAUCCAAGUGCCGCUCGUUUGGCUUUCAAGGUACGGUAUUUGCUUAAAAAAUAUCCGAUUCCAGGGUAUUUUUAUCAGUUUACAUGGAUCGUGAGGGAUAUAAGUGAAAAAAAUUAA